AUGGUCCAGCUGGCUUACUUGCCCAACGGGCAAUCCUACACGGUCACACCCGUCUUUGGCGGCUUCACUUUCAAAUCGACCAAUCUCGAUCUACACAAGUCUCCCAUGCCGCCCGGAUGGACUGUCAUCAUACAGACGGAGGAUGAGGUGGAAGAUGUGCUGGAGGCCAGGAAGAGUAGAGUCUCUUUGGUCCAACAGCCAGAACAACCGCAGAGCGAAGAGGGAAGAAAGAGUAAAGUCUCUUUAGCCCAACAGCCAGAACAACCGCGAAAUGAAGAGGGAACAAAAGUCAAACUCUCAUUGCAACAACCAUCGCCAGACCAAGACGCAAGAAAGAGUAAAGUUGGUUUACCACAACCUCAAGAAGAAGCGGGCCAGAAACAUAUCGUGGCACAUCGAUUUACCAAGCCAACUAUUCGGAGCGACUCGUUGUUCAUAUCUUCCAUAUCUAUGCCUGCGAGCUCCGACUUCAAGAACACCGCUUCACCCACAAGACAUAUCGCCAUGAUGCUCUGGGCGACAUUAUGCUGGUACUUCCACAAGGAACCACCCAAUCCCCACGCCUACACCGACGCCUGUGCGUUGACGCCGGAAAGCGGGCGCCCCAAACUCGAAUGGCGCGUCCGAAUAAAACGAGAAGGCAUCUUCAAAGGCAAGAACACCAUCCAAAAACUCGAACGCAUGGGUAUCAUCUCCAGUGAGGAGUCAUGCGUAGGUAUAGACACCGAUGUCCGGAUGCCUACAGGGUGGACGGACAUGUUCGUGAGCAGGAGGUCAUUCUGGCAGAUUGAUCCUCGAGUCUUUCUAUACACCAUGGCCCCCUUACAACAAUCGCCUUUCCCAUCCGCCUCACCACACCCGUCCCGUCCCGCUUCGCCCGAGAGGCCGAAAGGAGAGCGUGGUUCUCCCCACCGUGCAGACCACAUGGUAGCGGUGACGGGUGCUAUGAUCGAUGGCGUGUCAGCAGGCAUUGCCUCGCCCGGAGGGCCUUUCAGCUCCGGCAGCCAUUUACCCACAUACUUUCCUCCCCCACCGACCCAGUUCACCUUUACCAACCAUAUCCGGCACCCGAUCCGGCCCAAACCGCCUCGACAAGGGGAGACGUUCUACAGUCGAUACAUUCCCAGUCUGGGACAAUGGCUCUCUUUCCGCGUCCCGACCUUGUCUCCGAAGCCGUGUCCGCAUCCCCAUUUCGGUCCGGUGGGAGGCCCCAUGCCCGCAACGAUGCCAACCCAUGGAGGAGGUGUGUCGGUGGCGACGUUGCCGACACUGGCCAACUUUGCAGAACGGCCGUCCGAUUUGGAUCUUUUGCACAAGUGGAUGAAUGAUCCUCGAGUGAAUCUGGCAUGGGGCGCCGCAGGACCCGAGUCUACCCAAAGAAAAUUCCUCGAAGACGGCCUCAACAGUCGACAUUCCUUCCCCGUCUAUGGCUGCUGGGAUGGCAGGCCUUUUGGAUAUUUCGAAAUCUACUGGGUCAAAGAAGACCGCUUGGGCCGCCUGCUCGGAGGAGAUGUCGGCAACUAUACCAGAGGUCUACAUGUCCUGGUGGGCGAGCCCGAGUUCCGAGGUCCCCAUCGAGUCAAGGUCUGGCUGUCCGCCUUGGUGCACCAUUGCCUGCUGGCCGACUAUCGAACCGAAACUGUCAUGUUGGAGCCGAGGGUCGAUAAUACAAAGUUUAUUCGAUAUUUAAAUGAUGCUGGCUUUUACAAGCAGGGCGAAGUCUCGUUCCCUCAUAAACAGUCGGCCAUUAUGAAACUCGACCGGGAAUCUUGGGAAGCGCCGGAAACUUAG